AUGGAUUUCCUAAUGUUUUCUAAAAUAGCUGUUCACAUAUCCAAUUUACUUCGCUGUCCAAGUGACUUUCAAUUUGUGGCGCCUAUAGGCCGCGGUGCCUAUGGCCGAGUUAGCGUGGUUCGUGAGAAGAGCUCGGGUCGCGUUUGUGCCAUGAAGAUGCUGCCUAAGCAACGCUUGCUGACGCAACACGCCGACUGUUGGGCAGAACGCGAGGUCAUGGCUUGUGCCGACAGUCCUUGGCUGGUACGACUCUUCUACGCUUUCCAGAUUCAUUCAGAUACUCUGACUUGGUCUUAUGUACCCACUUCAAUAUGGGCAUGGGAUCUAAAUAAACAUUGGGAUCAUGUUUAA